CGGUGUUUCAGGACAGGUGUGUCUCUCUCCCGGUGACUUCAGACCAGGCUGGGGUUUUUAUUCUUCAUCUUUUGGAAAUCGUUCCUGGAGGAAAAAUUGGAUUUUUAACAGUUUUUUUUUAAACAGAACGUUCUGCACAUUUUUAAGGACUUAAUUUUAUUUAAUAAUAAGGAGGGGGGAAACACCGAAUAGAAGAAGAUGGCGAAUAAAGGGCUGCAGUUACUGGGGUUUGCUCUGGCCCUGAUCGGGCUGAUUGGCCUUUUAGCUGGCACCAUCAUGCCCCAGUGGCAAAUGUCGGCUUAUGUAGGGGACAACAUUAUCACCGCCGUGGCCGUGUACCAGGGCCUGUGGAUGUCCUGCGCCUACCAGAGCACCGGGCAGAUGCAGUGCAAAGUCUACGACUCCAUGCUUCAGCUCAACCGUUCUCUCCAGGCCACUCGCGCUCUGAUGAUCAUCAGUAUCCUGCUGACGGUGAUCGGACUGGGCGUGGCCUCCAUGGGCAUGAAGUGUACCAACUGUGGUGGUGAUGACAAAGUAAAAAAAUCUCGCAUCGCUAUGACUGGAGGAAUCAUCCUUCUGCUGGGAGCUCUGUGUUCCAUCGUUGCCUGCUCGUACUUCUCCUACCAGAUCAUCCAAGAUUUCUACAGUCCCUUCACUCCGGUCAACACGAAGUAUGAAUUCGGCGGUGCCAUUUUCGUGGCCUGGGCGGGAACCUUUCUCACCGUGUUCGGCGGCGGCCUGCUAGCAGCGUCCUGCUCCAAGAGUCAGAAGGCCAGGCCGACAUAUCCGAAGUCCCGGCCCCCGAGCAGCUCCAAGGAGUACGUCUGAGAGCCCCGCCCGCACCCGCUUAGUACCGACUCGAUAACUGCAGAGCGAGCUGGUGGAGGUUUUCCUGUGUGGUUGAUCUGCGAGCAGUUAGAAGUUUAAUUUAGCUAAAAGCAAAGGUUUCUCAGAUCAGCACGUCAGGAAAACAUCUACCUCUAUCCUGUGGCCACGCCUUAGGUUUUAAAAUGUACUAAUGUUGGGUUUUUUUCCCUGUUGUGAUCUGUACCUUUUUGUCUUGAAUUUUUUUUAUUAUUAUUUUGUUGUAAUGAAAGUUUAUAUUUGUGAAAAAACAGUAAAUCUACAUUGUUUUUACAGAAGAUUGUUUUGAGACUGAUUUCGUUUCUCUCUGAAGCGUAUGAGAUCGUGACACACUCAGGGAUCGACACCCCUCUCUAGUGUGGAGUUAAACAUUCAACACCGCAGAAAAAAUUAUCCUCCAUCCUUUUUUUAUUUAUUUAUUUUUUUUAUUUAAUUUUUGAUUUUAAGGCCAAAUACAGAACACUAAAUCGUAGCAGUAAAUGAAGAAACCCUAACAGUUUUUUAUAAAGCGCUUAAAUGCUAACAAGGUCACGACCUCUACGCUGCGAGACACCUCUGCCUCGUUCUUUAUUUUCUGCUCUGAAAAAUAGUUUUGCUAAGCGUCCCUUUUUUUUUUUUAGCAGUCUGUUUAUCGAGCUUCGCUGCCGAUCCUGCUGAUGUCGCCAGUCGGUCCUCAACCUCAAAGCUAAUGUUAAUCUUUACUUUAUACUCCGUGUUCUUUUUAUUCAUCUCCACCACCACCGCACAUUCCUGCCCUUCUCUCCUGCUUUUUCUAAAAAAUAAAGCUCAAGUGUUGAGGAGAAAUAGAUUGUGAGAGCUUCUGUUAUCUUUGCAAGCUUGUUUUCUUAUACAGU